GCGAGGUCGCAGCUGUCAGUGAGGUCGCAAUAAUAAACAACAUUCGCAACCACGGUUCGGGAAAUAUUCCAGCGCCCGGUCAAACAAAAUCAUCAAACGGAUGAAACCGUUCGUCGUGAUUCGUAAGCUUGAAAAUCAAGAUAAUGUGGCGUUACAGCGACUUAUACGCGAGUUCGUGAUGUCUGGCGCUUGGGAAGCGUUUGUUUCGUGUUUAUUCAGAGAGAUUACCCUGCAGCUGAUCGUACUCGGUUGGGCACUGAUGUUCAUCUUCUUCGGUAUUCCCCUCUACAUGUGCGCACUGGCCAUACCGUGCGUCAUAGUGCUAAUAUGGUUUACGGUGUACGGGAGCUACUAUAACAAAUCGACCGAACUUGCCCUGCGGCCAAACAAAUUGUGCUGGGUAGCAGAGAUUUACGAACCACUGCUAGCCAUGAACUCAAAGGCACAGGCUGCUAACAUUGAACGGUGCUACACCGAUAGGCCGGGGCCUGAAGUGCAGCAGGAAUUGGGAAAGAUGAGGAAGAACAUCAUCGGCACUAUCAGUUGCCGGAACCAUCUCGCCAUGGACAAUGCAGGAUUUAUUACGCGGCUUGCCAUUAGCCCAAAGUAUGGGCUAACACCGGUGACCGAGUACCUAAUCCAGCGGGUAUUACAGCACGCUUCCGACGGUCAGCUGUAUGCCAUCGAAACGGUCACUUCCGAGUGUGAUCAGGAUGUGCGAGAAAUUUAUCUUAAAAUUGGUUUUAACAUAAGACAGGUUUACCACAAACAAAUUAUCGGUAACACGUUGAAAGUGAUGAAAUCUCAGCUCGGUAUCGAUCUGCACGAAUGGAAUCAAAAUCGAGAAGAAAUCAACGUCGAAGUACCCGUAGAGUAGUGUCAAAAGCUCUCGCUCUCGGUGUUUAAGAAAACUUUGAACUCAAAUAUUAGCAACUAGUCCUUCAAAUUGAUGAUUAUAGCUCUUAUUUUCCUAUCUUCCAUUGUAUGACCAUCGGGGGUAGCUGGUAAAAGACAUAUUGCAUUUUUUUGGUAUUAUUUUUACUUUUGGGGAGCAUUUACCAUUUUACGUAAGACAAAUAUAUUUCACGGUUUAUGUCAACUGUGCUUUUACUUUGUUAAAUAAAACUAACAAAAGACUA